CUCAGCUCGAGUUGCAUUUCAUUUCUACAUUCCAAGUUCUGUCCAGCUGUCACUCGCUUUGUAUCCAGCCUUAAUUUAAUCCUUCCCGCUUCCAUCCCAGACUGGCUCUCAUCCAGCCCGUCAUUUCUCCGUCAUGGUCACCUCCAAUGCGCCUUUUCGGCCGUCACCCUUAUCCUUUGGCUCUCCUCGAGCAUCGCCCUUCCGCCGUCCAUCCACAUCCAAUUCACCUCCGCAAGCGCGACCCAGUACUCCUGGCAGCUCCCCCGGUCGCGGAUACACGCCGGUGACGUCUCCCAGCAAGCUCAAGGAAUCAUACACGGUCGCAGAUGAGGAUGAAGGUUCCUCCUCACCCCUUCAAGAUCGCAGCCCGGUCGCUCAAUCGCGCUUGACACGCGAGGUGCCUCUGUCGCCAACGCGGGGGGGCAGCGCCCCAGACACCUCCCCAACGAUGAUGGCUACCAAGGCCACGCAUAUAAUGGCAGCAUCUUCGGAUGCAGCCGCUCAGCUCUCGCCGGCCCAGUUGCGAGAGAUCCGCGAGGCCUUCCAAGUUCUGGACCGGGACAAUGACGGCUUUGUCAACAAGGAUGAUGUGGCUGAUGUCCUGGUGAACGUGGGACAAGACGCAUCUGCACUUUCGCAAUUCUUCCCGCCUGGAGGGGCAUCUACGAUCAACUUUCCCACCUUCCUGAAUACGCUUUCACAACUGCUCGCCCCGCUAUCUGCCCAACGAGAACUGUUGAACGCCCUGGCGGCCUUCGACGAGGAUGACAGCGGGCAGAUCGACGUGGAGGAGCUGUGCGACGCUCUGAUGCAUACCGCUCCCGAGGACGGAGAUCGGCCGCUCACCGACCGGGAGAUCCGAGACGUGCUGAAUGGGUUUACAGGCCGUCGGGCAUUCGAGGGCAAGGGCGCACGAAGCACCGGAGGGGGUAAGCGUGGGGAGGUCUUCCGGUAUCAAGAAUUCGUCAGUGGGCUUGUGGGCGGAACAGAGACGAACCAAUCGACACGACGCGAUGCCUAAUGGGUUGAUUUUGUUUUGUGAUUCUUGUUUUCCUCUUUUCUUUUGACUCAUGGUGUACGGAGACACGAAGCAUCAGAUUUGCAACUGGAUUAUGGCUCUGGCAGCCAUGCAGUUGCAAAGUAGACGGUAUGAUUGUUAUUGAUUUGAUUGAAUUUAUUCUGCGUGUGGAGAUGAGUGAGGAAUUGAAAUUGUUGUUUUGAUUGUGAUGGAGAUUUGAGGGUCCCCACA